AUGGGGCUCAAAACUCUUGUGUCAAAAUUAAAACGCCGCAUACCUGUAGAGGAUCCGAUCAGUCAUUCAGGUCCAGUAUCUGGAAGCAAUGGCAGAAAGACUCCCACGUUUUCAGCCCCUAAAGACGAGAUCAACCUUGUACCAUAUACACCAGCAACUGACGAGCGUGACUUAUGGCUUGAAGCGUUCGAGAAAUUGCCUCGCAAGUUACAACAAGAGCUCGAAAAACAGGGCAUGAACCAACAGGGCUCUGAGCCUAUGAUCCAUCAGGUCAAAUUAUUUCAAGAAGAGGCUGAAAGAGAGCGGGAUAGAAGCCUGGCUAAAGAUUGGAAGGUUCAGAUAGGAGACCAUGAUCUGCCAGUGAGACAGAUGACUAUCCAGAUCGUUCACUGGGCAGAAAGAAUUGGAGAUGUUGCCUUCCAAUUUGCCCCGUCUCCCGGUGCUGGAUUCUGGGCUGUAGCAAAAUCAAUUCUCCAGGGAAUUGAUACUUUCGACAAAGAAAAAAGUGCUCUGCUUUCUGUUAUUGAUAAAGCGGCGGGUGCCAUCUUCUGCGGUCAGGUCUACUACGAGAUAUACAGCCCUGAGCGGACGGGAAGGAAGGAUGUUGUGGACAAGCUUCACGAUGCAAUUGCGGCGUUGUAUGGUUGCGUGCUGGAGCUACUGGCCACAUCAUCCGAUCUUUCAUCCAACACCGCCGUGCAAUUUUGCCAGGCUAUCUUUGACCCGACAAAGCCAUCUGGCAUGUUGGUCGAAUUGGAAAGAUUAGAACAAGAGCUUGCAGCAGCGGCUGGCAAGUGUGAAGACACGGCCCACGCUCACCAGGAAGUUACGUUGAGGAGUUAUCUUCAAGAAGCCCAGAAUUCCCUCAACAGAAUCACUCACCAUAUGGAACAUGUUUUCCAAUGGGUCAAUGAUAAAGAACGGAGAGACCUUCUUGAAUGGGUAUCAGAUAUCCACUAUGGCCGUCAUCACGAUGAGAUUGAAGAAAGAAGAGAACCUGAUACGGGUGAUUGGGUUGUUCAAGAUGGAAGAUUUCGUGAGUGGAUGGAUUCACCCUCAUCUAGUACCUUGUGGCUUCAAGGAUCUCCCGGCACAGGGAAAACAUUUUUGACUUCAGCUGUGGUGAAGCAUAUAAUGGACACUAAGGGGUCCCCGAUGGAAGGAGUUGGCUAUUUCUUCUGCAAAAAAGACGAGAAAGAUCGGCGGGAAUCACUUCCAGUGCUUCGAAGCUUAGUUCGCCAGCUUGCUGCCCCGAAAAACAGUACUAAAUCAGUCAGAAAGAGCCUUCGAGAUGCACGUGAAAAAGCAACUGAUAGAGCAUCACGGCUCGGCUCCUCAGAAUGCCAUCGCCAGCUGGUGGAAUCAUUCAAGCUGUAUUCAACAAGUGUCAUCAUUCUUGAUGCCUUUGAUGAAAUUCUUGACGAUGAACUUGAUAUUCUGAUCGAGGCGCUUGACGAUGCUAUUGCCGAGACCAAAGACAAAGGCAGAGUAAAACUCUUUGUUGCCAGUCGUCCCGAGAAAAACAUUGGCGCAAAAUAUGGCUCCAAUUCAACUAUCAUCAUCCAGGCCCAGGACAACAAAAAGGACAUUGAGAAAUUUGUGAUCCACGAGAUGGAAAAAUUUGGGAAGAAACAUCCCAACUCGGACGUAAACUCCAUGAAGGACACGAUUAUUCGAGUUAUUCUUGAUAAAUGCGAGAACAUGUUCCUGUGGGCCGCGCUUCAGGUAAAGCAGAUGGUAAAAUGCAACACUGUUGAAUCAAUUCAUUACGCACUGGAAAAUCUUCCGAAGGGGCUGGAUGAAAUGUAUAACCAAAUACACCUGAAAAUCCACACUCGAUUUCCCCCGGAACGAGCGAUUGCAGAACGCACGCUGAAGUGGGUGCUGUGCUCUCCUUAUCCACUCACAACCGAGGAGCUCCUCUCCGCCGCUCGCAUGAGUAUUGAGAAAGACAGCAUCAAGAUGGGGGGCUGCAUCCAGCAAGAGUCCUUGCUCGCAAUCUGUGAGAACUUGCUGAUAGUCGAUAUCGAUGAUCGAUGGAGAUUUUUCCACCUUUCAGCGCGGGAGUAUCUCGAAAAGUCCCAUGAGACACCACAUCAUAAAGCACGCUCUUACUGUGCACAGGUGUGUCUUCUAUCUCUUAUGAAAACGUUUGGACCAGCAACGCUUUCUAGUGGCUCCGAGAAUCCCUUUAAUAAAGCAAAUCCUUUCUCAGAGCACAAUCAGACCUGCUGGGCGUUCUAUGUUCGUGGGCAGAUCGAGGAAGAUCAAUCUGUUAUUCUGCUAAAGAAAUUCCUUGGCUCGCCAAGCAAAAGUAGCGCCUUCUAUAUUGGAUGGUUUGAUCACCUCUCCAAGCAUCGCUAUCUUCCGAUUGAAUUCUCAUCUCGGCAAGGAGCAAUUUUAAACUAUGGAGAUCUGGCGCCAGCUACAACGCCAAUGUUUACUAUAGCCCAGUUUUCGUUGUAUGAGACUCUCCACAGAUGGUGCGACAGCAAUGAUUUUGACCCAUUUCAAGAAAAUAUCUUUGGACAAGAUUUGCUCACAAUAGCUGCCAUUACUAAUAGUGUGCCUUUUUGCACCACUCUUGUCGCAAAGGGAGUUUCCGUUAACCGAUGUGGUGUCAAUAGCGUGUAUGGCAGUGCCCUUUCAGCUGCAGCCAGGUGGAAUAGCCUGGAUACAGUCAAAUAUCUUGUGCAGGAGGGAAAAGCAGUCGUGAAUCUUCCACGCGAGAAUGAUAAAGACCGUGAUGCACUGAAAUCCGCUACCAUCGUCGGAAACUUGGAUAUCGUGAAGUAUUUUGUGGAGGAGGUCAACCCAGAUAUGAGAUUUCUAACUGAUGCAAACGCCUACGGCAAUUUGCUUUCCGCCGCUGCAUGCUUAGGCACACUGGAUGUUAUGAGAUACCUCGUGGAGGAAGUAAAAUUGGACAUAGAUCUCCAACUUGGCGUUGAUAUUUUGGGCAGAACUCUUGCAGACGCAACUGGGUAUGGUAAGCUGGAUAUAGUCAAAUAUCUCGUGGAGGAGGCAAAAGUAGACGUGGACAAACCGUUUCAGGAUAGCAAUGCACUUUGCAUCGCCAUCAGGGAGAGGAAUAUGGAUAUGGUGCGAUACCUUGUGAAAGAGGCAAAAGCAAAUGUAGAUAUAGUGCAUCGGGAUGAGGAUAUCAGUGCUAUACUUGAUUUGUAUAGUAAGGAGGAUGCUAUUGUGCUCAGGGACCUUCUGCAUUUUCCCAGUGAUCAAGAGGCGACAAUUGGGUCUUGA